AUGAAAAUCAUUUUUAAGUGUGCCGUCCAACAAUGUUCCGACUAUUUACGGUGUCGAAGUGAUGAGAUUGAAGUACGCUGGAGAUGCGUCGAUGCCAAUCGACCUUUAUUAUCCGACUUUUGCCGAGUCGAACGGCACAUCAGGUCGCUCAAGGCGUUGGUGAUCAGAAGAGAGAGCGACUUUGCCGACUGCAUCGCCACGGAGGCACAUACGGCCGAUGAUUCUGAAAUUGUCGCAGAGGGAAUGUGCUUGUGCACUGGGCAGCUCAAAAUCCCAUCACGCCCUUCAUGUGAAGAUCUCAAGCAUGGUACCACGAGUCGCUGUGAGGAUUUACGGAAGUGUUGCGCUGUCUCUAAAACAUGUGGAGAACAGCAACACUCCACGAAAAUCUCGUCAAUGUUAAUUGCUCAGAAGACAACCGUCGCUACGCUUCUCCAA